AUGGGGCGGAGGAGGAAGACGCUGCACGACUACGCGGCCGAGUUCUCGGAGCUGUCGGUGCGGCGGGAGCCGGCGGGGCCGGGCCCGGCGGGCGCCGUGGAGACGCUGUUGUGCACGCCGUGCCAGCUGCCCCUGAGGGUGCGCCGCGACCGCAUCCUGGAGCACCUCAGCUCGGGCCGCCACUGCCGCAACCGCCGCCUGCUCCGGCAGCUCGGGCUGCGCGCCCCGGGGCUCCGCUCUGCAGGUCCCGACUCCAGCCUGAGCCUGAGCCUGCCCCUGCCACUCGACGUGCCCUCCCUGCUCUCCCAUCCCUCCUUCCUCAUCACCACUGGAUCCAGCACUGGCUACAGCAUGGUCCCCUCCCCACCCUCCUACCACAAGCUGCUGGUUCCCCACCGCCCCAUCCCCACCACACACAGGGAUGACCCAACACCCUCCACCUCUGCCAGCCACCCCUCACCGCUGGCCACCUUCCACACCAGGAUUGCACCUCCUGGCCAAAGCGAGCCCGCACCUGAUGCCUCCAACAGCCUGACACCCCCCUCAUGCCAUGGUGGCAGCGGCGUCGGCCUCGUGCUCUUCGGCGCAGGGCUCGUGAGCACAGCCUUGUUGCAAAGCCUGCUGGAGGAAGCUGGAUGCUGCCUGCUCUACGUGGUGGAGGAUCAGCUGGAGGAGGUGGAACGUGCCUUUGGUGCCAAGGUCCCAGCUGGCACCAGGGUGCUGCAGCAGCAGGAGGCCACCCUCGCACUCAGCGACCCGCGAGUUUCUGGAGCCAUUAUUUGUUCUCCACCUGACAAAGCCCCUGAGAUGGUAAGAGAUGCCUUACGAGCAGGUAAAGGUGUGUUCUGUGAGGGGCUGCCCAGCUUGGACAGACAGACAGCAGAAGCCUGUUUUGAUGAGGCCGACAGGUGUGGGAGGCCACUCGUGUGUGGGUUCUACAAGCGCUUUGACCCAGCCCUGCAGUUCCUAUACAAGAAGGUGCGGGAGAGCCGAGCCCUGGGCAGGAUCCACCGGGUAUCAACCAUCAGCAGCCUCUAUCCUGCAGCCUCUCUGAGCCUGCUGAAAGCCUCAGGUGGAAUUUUUUACAAUGCUGCCGUGCAUGACAUAGAUAUUAUCAGUUUGUUGUUGGGAGAGAGUGUGCCAGAUACAAUAUUUUCCCUGGGCCGUGCCUUCUGUGCAGACAUGGGCUGCCUGAGGGAUGUGGACAUGGUCACCAUCAGCAUGAAGUUCCCCAGCGGAGCCAUUGUCACCCUGGACAUCAGCCAGCACUGCACCAGGAGCUGUGACCAGCGGCUGGAGGUUCAUGGGUCUCAGGGGACGUUAAGGGUGGACAACCAGAACCCCCUGGGCAUCACAGAGCAUGGGACUUCUGUGUCCAUCUGUCCCCAGAGCCAAGCUGAGCGCUACAGAAAUGCCUACAGGGAGCUCUUCCGGCACUUCCUGAGAGCCCUGAAAGGCCAGGAGCCCCCCGUGGUGACCAAGGAGCAGCUCCUCUGGACCAUCCAGGUCGCUGCAGCAGCCGAGCAGUCCUGGAGGAAUGGAUCUGCUGUGGACUUGCACAGCAGUGCCACGGGUCCGCCUGGGGUCAAGGCUGAGCUUGUGUGACAGCCACUCCCACCCAGUGGCCUCAACAGAAGGUGGUUUUGGUGU